AUGAUCAAACACAUAGAGCCGGCAAAGCUCCGACAAGGGCUUAAGAGUGGAGUAACAUUCAGAACUUUUGCGGGAGCUAAAACAGAAGAUAUGAAAUACUACCUACAACCUACAUUAACAGCUAAGCCUAGCCAUCUUAUUCUUCAUGUGGGAACUAACGACCUCGCUGGGAAAUCGCCUGAAGAGAUUGCUCAAAAUAUUUCAGAAUUGAUAAAAGCCGCGGCUGAGCAAGUCCCUGGUCUCAAGCUACUGAGCUCAGAAAUUAUAACGAGAUCCGACCGUGAAGACAAUGAUCAGAAGGUACAACAAGUAAAUUCAUUAGUCGAACUGAUCGACAUGUUAUUUACAAUUAUGGGAAUUUGA